UCUAGGAAAUAGUCUGCACGGUAAUUUCAGGGGAGCUCCGGGUUUAUGAAACCGUGCCGAAUCUGUCUUUUGUAAAUCGGAGUGAAAUUGGAGUGUGUCCCGAGAAAGAAUACUAAGGGAAGAGGAAAGACGACGUUCCUGAAAUCUUGCAUUUAAAAGGCUUGAUUUCCAAUCCUUCCUCCUUAAAAAAAAGUGAACGAGUGAAUGUUUUCAGUGGCGAUUGUGAAGAAAGGGGGAGUGGGACCCGGAAGCAGAUGCAGGACUAAGCUUGUUUCGAGCUGUGCCUAUGGGAUUGGAGUCAGGAAUGGAAGAUGAAAGUGUAAGAGAUGGGGGAGACAUGCUUACGUCCAGCGAAAUCGGCCCGGCCAUGGAGCGCCCACCCCAUGCAAUGGAAAGCCCUGAUGUUGUUGCAGCCGGCCAGCCGCCUAAUGAGGAGCGUUCCGCCCGGCUCGCGCCCGCACUCGGGCGCUGCCCUCCGCCCGCUGACCAGCGCAACAAUGAGGAGCGUUCCACCGGGCUCGCGCCCGGGCGCUGCCCUCCGCCCGCUGACCAGCGCAACAAUGAGGAGCGUUCCACCGGGCUCGCGCCCGGGCUCGAGUCUCGCCCGCCGUCCGCUGAGCCACACCACCAUGAGCGUUCCACACGGCUGGCGCCCGGGCUCGGGUCCGGGUCCUGCCCGCCGCCCGGGGGCCAGCAGAACAAUGAGGACUGUCCCCCGCCAGCCGCCCAGCAGGCACACCUGCAGCCGGGGUCGGAGCUUUCGCAGCACGUCUACUGCACUGUCUAUUGCGUGGAGAAUGAGAACAACCAGCACUCGGCGCUGGAAGGCGAAGGUGAACAGACCAAUUACCCUUCUGACUCGGGCCGAUCCACACCGACUGCCCUCAGUCGCCGGACGGAUCGGGACAGCACACAUUCCCCGACACCAGUAGGACCUUCCAUUACGGAACCCUUUAACAUCUCGCGGCAGAUCGACAUUAAUUCACUGGGAAACCUUUACGUUGGAGAGUAUAAACACUUGGUUAUUUUGACCUGUCGAGUUUGUCUGGAUGAGAAACCCAUCCGACCACUUCCUUGUUGCAAGAAGGCUGUGUGCGAGGAGUGCUUGAAGAGAUAUCUCAGCAAUCAGGUGCAGUUGGGAAGAGCAGAGAUAAAAUGCCCUAUUACUGAAUGUAGCAAAUAUAUGGAUGAAAGCACUGUCAUCUCCAAUUUGCCUCAUGAUGAUAUUGUCAAGUACAGUUACUUCCUAGAGCUGAGCAGGGUGGAUUCCAGCACAAAACCCUGUCCUCAAUGCAAGCAUUUCACUACUUUCAGACGGAAGAGCAACAUUCCAACCCCUACAAAAUCAGAGAACAAGUUCAAAAUUCAGUGUCCUGUGUGCCAAUUUGUUUGGUGCUUUAAGUGCCACUCUCCUUGGCAUGAAGGUUUGAACUGCAAAGAAUACAGAAAGGGUGAUAAGCUGCUACGUCACUGGGCCAGUGAGAUUGAACAUGGGCAAAGAAAUGCUCAGAAAUGUCCAAAAUGCAAGAUUCAUAUCCAGAGGACAGAAGGUUGCGAUCACAUGAAUUGUUCACAAUGCAACACUAACUUUUGCUAUCGCUGUGGGGAGACAUACCGGCAGCUUCGAUUCUUUGGCGACCAUACUUCCAAUUUAAGCAUUUUUGGAUGCAAGUAUCGCUACCUCCCUGACAGACCACAUUUACGAAGAUUAGUUCGUGGUUCUGUCUGUGCUGGAAAGUUACUCAUUGCUCCCCUGAUGCUGGUUUUGGUUGUGGUAGUAGGAGCCAUAGCAUUUGUAGUAGGUUUGUUUAUUUUUCCUAUCUAUUACAUUUGUAAGAGGCAGAGGAAACGGUCGCAGACUGGUAUGUUUACGUAAAAAAAGUCUCAUUUACACGGGUAAUGACGGAUGUGUCAGGGUCCUCACAGAACUCUGCAGUGAGAAGCAAUAGCACGUAAUUAACAACUAGAUAUCGAACAAAUGUGAAACUGGGAAUGUUGCCAUGAAUUAUUUUUGGCCAUAUUACCAAGCAGUACACCAUUCUCAGAAUACUUCCAAAGAUCUGGCUUCAAGCACUGUGAUGUACAACUCAAGAAAGAAGAAAAUAAUCUUUUUUUUAAAUGGAUGAAUCAGGAGUGAAAGAUAACAGUGCUGAAGAAGAGGCUGUUUAACCAUUUUGCACAUGUUAGUUAUAAUCAUGGAUGGUGUGAGCCUCUGGCAAUGUUUGCACUUCCUGUAUUGUCCUAACACUGUCUUAAAAUCUCAAUUUCUGAAGAAUACUUUUCUCUGCACUAUAUGACAUUUCUGUUCCUUUUGUAAUGAAAAAAUAUCAUCUCAAGGAAUACUUGUGUGCUAUGUGCUCCACUUCAUUAAAGUCUCAUUUAUUUGGAUAUUUCAUCCAAUUGUUAACAGCCAUCAUUUAUAGAAUUGCAAUUGUAAUUCAGCUCAAUCCAUGAAGAGUUAAAUUGUGGUGUUUUAGAAGACAACCCAAAUUGACUCUUCCAUUUAGUCCAAAGAGCAAGCAGACCUGAUCGUUAUAAUACCCAAGGAGUUUAAAUUUUAGCCAAAAUAAUGUAUAUAGUAUGUUUUUUUUUCCUAAAUGAAGAGCGCCCUUGCUUUAUUUUAGUAGUGGGAAUUAUUGGAAACUGGUUGAAGCUAACUUGUUGCUGAAAUGUGAAUGGCAGAGAUCUUGCAAAAAGCAAACUUUGAAUUAGUUGCCAAUUAAAUGAAUGGUGUCAUCAAUAUUUAAAAGUUAGCUGUUGGGGACCAGAAGCAGUAGAUGUAAGUUAUUUAAAGUAUUAAAGAAAUUUCAAAAUAAAAUUUGGUUUUGGGUUUUAACAAUCCACUUCUGUAGCUUUGAUCACUGGUCACAGAAAGGCUCAAGUGUAUCAAUGAGCACUACUUGCUUCUCCUCUAGGGACACCCAGGCAUGGAUAGAGCAAGAGACCUGGUGUGCCAAGUGCGCUCUCCCCAUCCUGGACCCAUGAGUAGUCACAGUAUAUUGAGUGAAAAUAUGAGUUCAUGGCAGCCUGUGAUUUUUCCAUUUAGCUAAAUUGUCUCAUGCCAAUUGUGACUAGCUCCCAGGAGAGUGGAAGAGGAGAAAGUUCUUACUCCAGCAGUUUGCAUUCCAUCUAACAUCAUAAAUUGAUGCCAUCAUAAGGUAACUUUUCGUGCCUUAUUAACUUUUUGUUUAGAGAGGAGAAGAUCCCUCUGCUGCUGAUAGCCAUGAUGUAUGUAAGAUAUAGUAUAUUAAUUCUAUUCUGUUAUAAGGUGAGUCACUUGAUUGUCAUAUCAUAAUUUUAAAACAAGAAAACUUAAUGUUGAGUUUUGCAGAAAACUGCAAAACAGUUGUAAGUUUGAUGUUGUGGUUUUGCUAGAAAUGUUUCUUCAUAGUUUUAUUUUAACUACACAAGAAAUAUAUAGAGCAUCCAGUACCUCCUUUCACUAGCUGAUCCAUUAAUAUUAUCAGAAAAAUAGUUCUCCUGAUAAUGCAAUACCUCAGAGUCAUUUGUACUUCUCUCUUUAAACCAAUUAAAAGGUCAGUACUUUAUUUUAAUUCAUCAAAACUCUAUGCUGAAAUGUUUAAAAAAUGAAUGUUUUCUAAAUACAGUUUAAAUAUUAAUUUUAGCAGAUUAUUUUUCAAUUAAGUCAAUAAGAACCUCAGUAUUAAAAUUAUCAAUCAUAUCCUGCACACCUGGUGUAAUUGGCAUUCUUUUACCGGAUAUCAAAAAGUAGCUUGUGAUUACAGACAUUUAAUUCUAUAACUUCUAAAAGCCCAAAAGAGUACUUAUUAAAAAAAAUUGAUAGAUACAGUUGGUCACUAUAACCCCACUAAGGCUUGGCAUCCAGUAGUGUAAACAUCUCUUUGAGUGUAAAAGAAUGUUUCAGUGAUUGGCUGAUCAUCAUGAUAAAAUUAUACAAGUUGGGCAUAAAUUAUUGUUAUAGCUUCUGUAAAGUAUAGGAGCAGUUUAGAUACAAUCCAUAAAAUAUUUAGUGGUGAUAAAGACUCAAGUUCUAGAUACCUCUUUGGAAAUAAUGCUGAGAAAAUAAUGAGCAAUGGAUUAGCAGAUCCAUGAGGAAACCAUACUUGCACUGAGCAUGGGAUAGAGAUCUAGGGCAGCACAAUUAAAACUUCCUGUGAUGCUGAACUCCCAACAAGGAAGCAUAGGUCAUGGAAUUAACCUAUAAUCUACAUACAUUUAAAAGCAACAUUCUUUCGGUUGAUUUGUUUUUAUUAUCCACUGCACCUUUAUCAAGAUUGACAUAAUUACAUUUGUAAACAUUAACUCAGAACUGAAAGGACCUCCCUUGUAUUUGCAGACUUUUAAAAUUAUUACAUGAUGUGGAUUUUAAUAAAACUUUGGAUAUUUUCGUUUAGUUCUGUGAAGUCAUGUAAAAUUAGUGAUGAUGGUUCAGACCUUAAUGUUUUUGUUCACAUCUCUUCACACCACAUAAACAUGAGAGAAAUAAGUCCAUCACAUUCAGAGAUGUUUAAUAAUCUUUGAAAGUCAUAUGAAUAGUUAUUGUAUAACUGUGCACUUAUAGUUUAAACAAUUUUCUCCUCCUAAAAAUAACAUUUCACAACUUUGAAAACAGGAUAAAAGUUUUACCUGCACCAUGCCUGGGUAGUAAUUUGUCAAGUUGUAAAUUUUAGAAAAUUUGAAAUAAAAGUUAACCUGAUUCUAUUACAGGCAGCAAUCAAUUCCAGAUUUUCUGUGUGCAAAAUCUGAAAAUUUGCCGCAAUGAGUAAUAUGAGAAACCAUUCAUUUUCGAUUUACAUGUUCAUUUGUUCUUGCUUUUAUCUCCAAGAUAUACAUCCCCAUGCUCUUGUCUCUGAGAUGUCUAUGUCAAUAUCCAUAUCUUAAGUGAUACCUUUUCUCUUCACUCAACAGUCUCCAAGGUCCAUCAUUUUUCAUUGUCUUUCUUCCCAUUUGUUCCCCUUAAUUUGAAAGCCAUCCUGAGCAACCUUAAGUACAUUUCUGCCUCACCGAUGUACCUUGUAUCAUUGUCAACAAAUUUGCACAGGAUUGGUCGAAUUGGUUUAUUUACUCAGGGAAUGAGUUGGUUCCACUUUGAACAUUCUUGGAGAAAAACCUUGCCUGCUUGUAAAUUAUAUUUAAAAAGAAUCCCUGCAACUUUAUAGAAGUUAGUAUUUUGGCCACACUAGAUAGAAAUGAUGGUUAGGCAUAGAAUACAGAAAUAUCCUCAAGGAUUUUCCUGGUUGACCUGCAUAACCACAACAGAAGAUCUGUUUGUUCUGUUCAUAAGAAGGUUUCUCAUCAUGAUUGUAGCAGCCAAUCAGGAGGACUCCCAAGCAAAUUACUUUUUUGUAAUUGUGCAGGCUCCUCGCCUCUUUUUAAAAAGCCAUUCUGGCUUGUCUUAGCUGGUACAAGACUGGCAUGAGAAAUGAACUAAAAUUUGAAAUUGCUAAUAAUUUGAGAAAAGAGAAUUAAAUUUUUUUUUUAUCUAUUAAGGGACUAAUUUAGCAAAACCACAGCCCACAAAGACAUUUUGUACAGUACUUCCUCUUUCAAUCAGUAAUGUUCUGCUCAGGUCAUUUUUUUUUGUUCUAUUUCCUGUUGUGUGUCCUUUAUAACAAGAAUUAAUUUUCUGAAAAAUGUUACAAGGUUAACUGCAAGAGCAAACUUGGUAACUGAACAGUUACAGAUUUUAUUAUUUAAGUGAUUUUUAAUGUAGGCAGUAUUUUUCUGUUUCUAAAUAGUUGCAGAAGAAUGAAAACUGCACAGUGCCCUUAAAUGUUUGUAAGUAUUAAUAGACAAUUCAUUACCAAAGGAUGUGCCUUUUUUAUUUGACAUGGUUUCAUCAUCUUUUCACUAAGAAAGUUGCAUAAAAUAUAGCUACAGCUAUUUAGCAAUGAUCCAGAAUGCAAACACAUAAAGAUAUUCCUAUUUUAAUGCCAAUUUAAAUUUCCUUUUUUUCCCUCACCACCACCACAUCCAAGCAUAAGAAAGCAGAGAAAAACUUGAAACUAGAGGUACUUUGCACUUGUUUAUUGGUCUUCUGUCAAUUUUAGGAUCCUGCUGGCCAGGGUCAGGGAAAAAGUCAAAAAUUUUACUUUUACAACUGUUUCUGUGGAUUGUGCUGAGAAAGUAUAUUUAAGCUUAUUCACAUUAAUUUUGUUUAGUUUUUAAAAAAGGGAAAUGUAGUUGUUAAGCCAAUUCCAUAAAAACCACUACAUGAAUCAGAGAAUGAAAGUUACAGUGCAUAAAUUCUAUGUAAAUGUGUCUGAUUAAUGGCUCAUCUGCAUUUAACAACUAGAAAUAACAGCUUGGGUAGUUCAUGUGACGACUGGAGCAGAAACAACUACCAGUACUACUUCUGAUAGCUUUUUUGUGCAAAACAAUAGCUGAAAUAAUGUGAUUAAGUAUAUCAAAUGUACU